AUGCCACCCAAUCCUCCCCCGGUCAUCGUCACGACCGACCUCGACGGUCCUCAGCCCCCUUCCGAUGCUGGCACGCCUGGGACGCCCCAGCGUCAUCGUCGCUCCGCUUCGCAAGCCAGCGACCCGACCCACCUCUCCCCCAUCGGUGCUCACCCGGCAGCGGCUCUGACGCCUCCCUCACCAACGCUCACCGCGAACUCGACCUCGUCUGUCAAAGUUAAUGACGAGACCGGGAGCCCCACGAGCGACGGCCUCGAGCCCAUAAGCGAACAUCAGCGUAGUGUCUCCAACAGCACUUGGUCCACCAAUACCGAAAAGCCCAGCUUCUCGCCAGCGACCACCAAGUUGGAGGACGAAGCUGAGGACGACAAGAAGAAGGGCAAGAAGAACAAAGCCCCUCCCCCCAUGUCGCACCCCGACCCGGAAAACGACACGACCGACCCAACGCCCUUUGCCGAGAAGCCGACGCGCCUCGCCAUGCUCGUCGACCCCAAAUCGCUCGAUGAUCUGGAGAAGAUUGGCGGCGUUGACGGUCUCCUAAAUGGACUUGGCGUAGACCCGAACGUGGGUCUGUGCACUGAUGGGUCCAACGCAGGUGCUCCCCGCAGCUCGUCGGACAUGCCAGGUCAGGGAGCGCAGUGGCGCACCUCGAUGGAGGACCGCCGCCGCAUUUACGGCCCAAACGACCUCCCCCACCGCCCGUCCAAGACGCUCCUGCAGCUCAUGUGGAUGGCGUUCAAGGACAAGGUUAUCAUUCUUCUUUCGGUUGUUGCGGUCAUUUCGCUUGCUCUUGGUCUCUACAGCGAUCUCGGCGGCUCCCACGAGCUCGUCUACUCUGAUGACUGUCCCCAGGGUUGCUAUCCGCCCAGGGUCGACUGGGUCGAGGGUGUCGCGAUUAUCGUCGCUGUCCUCAUUGUUGUCCUCGUCGGUUCCAUCAACGAUUGGCAGAAGGAGCGCCAGUUCAAGGAACUUAACGACAAGCGUGAGGACCGGUCCAUGAAGGUGAUCCGCAACGGCCAGGAGCAGGUCAUCAACGUCCGUGACGUUGUUGUUGGUGACAUUGCCCUCGUUGAGCCCGGAGAGGUGGUCCCAGUCGACGGUGUCUUCCUGCGCGGCCACGGUGUUCGUUGCGACGAGUCGGGUGCUACCGGCGAGUCGGACGCAAUCAAGAAGUCCACCUAUGACGAGUGCGUCGCCGAGAAAAACAACCUCGCUCCUGGAGCCCGUGGCAAGCUCGACUGCUUUGUUAUUUCCGGCGCCAAGGUCCUCGAGGGCGUCGGAUCGUACGUUGUCAUCGCUGUCGGCACCACGUCUUUCAACGGCCGCAUCAUGAUGUCCAUGCGUACCGAAAGCGAGGAGACGCCACUCCAGAUCAAGCUUAACUAUCUCGCCGAGCUGAUCGCCAUUUGCGGUGGUGCCGCCGGCCUUAUCCUGUUCGGCUCACUCAUGAUCCGCUUCUUCGUCCAACUUGGCACAAAGCCUCGCGAUUUCUGGGGUACCGAAAGGGACAACCUCGCGCAGAAGAAGGCCCAGUCGUUUGUCGAGAUUCUCAUUAUCUCGAUCACUCUCGUUGUCGUGGCCGUGCCCGAGGGUCUUCCUCUCGCCGUCACCCUCGCCCUGGCCUUUGCCACCAAGCGCAUGACCGCGCAGAACCUGCUCGUCCGUGUUCUCGGUUCGUGCGAGACCAUGGGCCACGCCACUGUCAUCUGCACGGACAAGACUGGUACUCUCACCCAGAACGUCAUGACCGUCGUCGCCGGCUCGCUCGGCGUCCACGGCAAGUUUGUUCGCAACCUCGAGGACAACCAGGAGCGCUCGAUCGCGGGCCUUAGUGAGGCCGACCGCGACGACUUUGGCUUCGACAUGGAGGAGAUGAACGGCAUCGCAUCGCCGGAGCUGCAGACUCUGUUCAACGAGGCCAUCUGCAUCAACUCGACCGCAUUUGAGGACACGAACCCCGAGGGUGUCAAGGAGUUUGUUGGUUCCAAGACCGAGACUGCUCUUCUUCGUUUCGCACAGGAUCUCGGCUGGGCAGACUACAAGGACACACGUGACCACGCCGGGGUCGUCCAGAUGAUCCCGUUCUCGUCCGAGCUCAAGGCCAUGGGCGUCGUGAUCAAGACCCCUGAGGGCAAGUACCGCAUCUACGUCAAGGGUGCCUCCGAGGUCCUCACCAAGAAGUGCACUUCCUAUGUCAACGUCCGGGCGCAGCCCACCCCCGGUGUCUCGGUCCUUCCUUACGACGACGCAGCUGCCCAGAACAUCGCCAAGACCAUUAUCUUCUACGCCGACCAGACUCUCCGCACGCUCGCUCUCUGCUACCGCGACUUCGAGCAGUGGCCGCCCGUAGGCGCCGAGGGCAUGGGCCCGGAGGACGUACCCUUCGAGCUCACCUCGUGCAAUCUCACCCUCAUCGGUGUCGUCGGUAUCGAGGACCCUCUGCGUCCCGGUGUCCAGCAGGCCGUUGCCGAGUGCCAGGGCGCCUCCGUUGCUGUCAAAAUGUGCACUGGUGACAACGUCCUUACUGCCCGUUCCAUCUCCCGCCAGUGUGGCAUCUUCACGCCCGGUGGUAUCAUCAUGGAGGGUCCUGUCUUCCGCAAGCUCUCGGACGCCGACCGCCUCGAGGUUGUCCCUCGCCUCCAGAUUCUCGCGCGUUCGUCUCCAGAGGACAAGAAGCUCUUGGUUAAGACGCUCAAGUCGAUGGGCGAGGUAGUCGGUGUCACUGGUGAUGGUACCAACGACGGCCCUGCUCUCAAGCUCGCCAACGUCGGUUUCGCCAUGGGCAUUGCCGGUACCGAGGUCGCCAAGGAGGCCUCGGACAUUAUCCUCAUGGACGACUCGUUCGCCAACAUUGUCGUCGCCAUCAUGUGGGGCCGCUGUGUCAACGACGCUGUCCGCAAGUUCCUCCAGUUCCAGAUCUCGGUCAACAUUACCGCAGUCGUUAUCACAUUCGUUUCGGCGGUCUCGUCCGAGGAGAAGCGCUCGGUCCUCACUGCCGUCCAGCUUCUCUGGGUCAACCUCAUCAUGGACACCUUCGCUGCUCUUGCCCUUGCCACCGACCCUGCCACUCACGACUCCCUCAAGCGCAAGCCGGACCGCAAGGACGCCCCGCUCAUCUCCGUCGACAUGUGGAAGAUGAUCAUCGCGCAGGCUUCGUACCAGAUUGCCGUCUGUCUCAUCCUCUUCUUCGUCGGUGGCAAGAUUCUCAAUCUGCCCCUCACGAUCAACGGCGAGCGUAGCCACCACAACGAGGCCGAGCUCCGUUCGCUGGUUUUCAACUGCUUCGUCUUCUGCCAGAUCUUUAACCAGCUCAACUGCCGUGUCCUUGACCGCAAGUACAACGUCUUCAAGGGCUUCUUCCGCAACAUCUACUUCAUGGCUAUCAUGGCCAUUAUGAUUGGCGGCCAGAUCCUCAUCGUCUUCGUCGGUGGUGCUGCCUUCCAGGUCCAGCGUCUUAACGGCCGUGACUGGGGCAUCUCCCUCGUCGUCGGCUUUUUGUCCAUCCCGCUGGGCGCCCUCGUCCGCACCAUCCCGACGGCCCCUAUCGAGCGUCUCCUAGUCAAGUGGAAGCUCUUCCCCGACCCCGACCAGCUCCCACUCGUCAAGCCUGAUGAGGGCGAGGACGAGGAUGACAUUAAGGACGCCUUCAUCUACAACCCGGCCCUCGAGAAGGUCAAGGACAACCUUUCAACGUACGCGCGUUUCCGCGGCGGCCGCCUCAGCGCCUCUUCGAUCGUCCAGCGUGCCCGCCAUUCCGCACUUCGCAAGGCCGACAUCCAGCUCCCCUCGCUCCUCACCAUGGUACCUACUCUCGUCGGUGGUUCGGUGGGUGCGGGCGGCACCUGGGUCACGAUGACCCAGGGCCACCCCUCGGCUCUCGCCAACCCCACCGCCCACGAGGCGAGCCAGUCCACGACCGAGCUGUACGCUGGAAGAGUCCAGCUCCACCCGGACACGGACCCCAACGACCCCAUGUACGCCAAGUUUGGCCUCACACCACCCGCAAGAGGCGAGAAGGCGUAG